GAAGUCGCGGCCGCUAGAGACCCCCGGCAACUCAGAGCGUCAGGAAGUAAUGGCGACACCAGCAGCAGCAUGUAUCACGGCAGAGCUUUCCGUGCCGGGCGCCCCUUGAGGAAACGCCAGGACAGUGAGGAUGAGAUACAGCUGGACACUGGGCGGGGAGUGUCUGGCGUGCUGCGUGAAGUGCUGUCCGUGGUGUGCCAACAUAACGGCACCCCCAAGAGCCGCCGCCUGGGCUACCUCAAUGAAGCAGUGAGAGCCAUAGUCAAGAUCCUCGCCCUCAACAACACCAAGAAGUCACCACUCACAGAGGAAGCCAGUGACCCACUUGAGGAGCGCGUCCCUGCCACUCUCCCGCCAGCUACCUUGGACUUUGGGGAGGAGGAGUUCACACGAGAGCAGUACUUCUGUCUGUUGAGAUGUUGUCUAGUCCAGGAUGGGAGGGAGAUCCGUGCUGGUGGGCUGCGGCUGCUACGAUACCUCAUAUUCACAAAGGAAGAUGUGGAGGCUCUCAUGGCCGUCAAUGUUAUACCUCUUGUUAUCAGGUGUAUGGACAUCAUGCUGGACAACCAGGUGGAGCGGGUGCAGGCGCUGCGUCUGGCCCGCCGCCUCCUGAUGGUGGCACCGGACCUGUUCCCGCUGUCCCUGGCCCGCUGCCUGGUGGCCAUCGCACGGGACGGGGCCAAGGAGAGGGACAGGCUACUGAGGUCGGCGCUGGCAACGCUCAACGAGAUGGCCAUACUGAACACUCAAGUGUUUGUGGAGUGUGGCGGUGUGGGUGUGGUGCUGCACAACGUGCUGGACUGUGCCAUGCCACGCAUCAAUGAGGCGCUGCUGGCCGCCAUCCUCUACCUCCUCAACACCCCGUUGUGGCGGCCACACUGCUCCGAGCUCCACCAGGUUCUGGCGCCAUUCUCAGACUUCAACUACAAGCACACCAGCUAUGACCUGGACUACUACAGCAAGAGUGAGGAGCGAGAGCUUCGCACUCAGGCAGCCAAGCUGGCCGUGCUGGUGUGUCUGCGCAGCUGGCCGGGUCUGGUGUCCCUCUGUCAGCCCAACACUGCUGCCCUCAAGUCCCUCGUUGCCCUGCUUUACCCAAACCAUGAAGAAACCAGGAAAGCCAUCAUUGAGCUGCUGUACGAGUUAUUCCGGGUGCCGCUGGUGGACUGGACCGGGGACUAUGAUGAAGCACUGGCCACCUACAAGAGCAUGUCUGCCUCCGACACAGACCUGUGGAGACUGCAUGAAAGUUUUGUGGCAGCUGAGGCACGGGCCAUCCUGCCGCACAUAGCCAAGUACAGGCCAAAUGUGAUCCAGAACCACCUGGCUCUGGUCCUGUACACCAUGAUGUGUGUGGACCUGUUCCCUGCGCUGUGUGAGGUGAUUGUGUCCAGUUCCGCCCCACUGUCAGUGAGGACCACACUGCUGCUUGGGGAGCUCCUCCAUCAGGCAAAUCAGAACCUGCCAGGGGAGUGUGGGUCUCUGUCACACUGUCUUCCCCUGCUGCUGGAACGUGCCGCUGGUAACGACUCCCUUCAGCGCAUGAGAGCCACCCAGGCCAUCACAGCGCUGCUCAUGCUGUCCCGCUCAAAGCUCAGUGCCUCAUGCAGCAACCCUACCUCUCUCUACCUGGCUCAGAUCAUCAAUGCUGCACCUAAGACAAAGGACUCCGCCCCUAAGAGGUUCAACGAGGCCCACAGUGCAAGGCUUAGCAAGUGGCUGGGGAAGGACCAUGACGAACUGAUCAGCCAGACCAUGAAGGACUCCCAUGUGCUGAUUGGUGGGCAGGAUCCUCACGUUUGGAAGUGGGAGCUCAUCAUUCCAGUGCUGAGGUGGCCGUCGCUGUCGCUGCAUCGGCUGGAGGAGAGCAACUACCGCCUGUUUGUGAAGCGCCUCCUGUACUUCUACAAGCCGAGUGCUAACCUCUUCUCCAAUGUGGAUGUCACUCACGACCAGGCCCACGUGUAUGCUCAAACCCUCCUGCACUUCUGUGACUUCCUGCUUGGUGCUCCUGAGGAUGAAUGUAUUAAGUACCUGGAGGAACUACUGGUGGACAUCAGCACACACCUGUCCAGUGUGCUGUGUGAGCGCCCUGCACACGACGCGAUCAUGUCCCCCUCCCACCUCAACACCACCACUGCACAGUACUACUUCUUGGCACUGGGCAGACUCUCCCACUCGCCACAGGGACAUGAGAUGCUGGUCAAGUCUGGCAUUCUGGAGCAGCUGCAGGAGUUGGUGAGUGUGUCUGAGAGUGACAUGUAUGCCAAGUUGGUGUCCACCUGUCUGCACUACUCUGGGAACAAGUCCAACAGGGCCAUUUUAACAAAGAUCUUGACUGGGUGCCAGGAGUCGGCACGUCUGUAUGGCACUCAGCUGCUGCGUGCCUUCGUCAGGGUGGGCGCUGAGGGGUUUGCCCAGUGGGGGAUGGAGCUUCUGGUGGGGCAGCUGUAUGAUGAGAGCCGUAUUGUGUCCCUGGCAGCGCUGGAGGUGCUGGAUGAGGCCUGUGACAAUGAGGAGUACCUUGAGGCAGUGCUGUGUGCACCGCCCUCUGUGACACACCUUGGGGACUGUGGGCAGCUGCUCCUGGUGAAGCUGGUCUCUUCCCCCAGGGGCUUCAGGGCAUACCAGGAGGCAAACUUCAUCAACACCAUGCUGGAUAAGUGGGCGACAACAUACAGCUACAAGUAUGUUAGGAUGAUGCAGCUGGCCAUUGCAGACUCCAUCACACAGCACCAGCGGGGGGAGGACGGCCAGUAUGGGAGGCGCACAGGCAGCAAGCAUGUGGUUCACGAUGUGUUCCUAAUGCCUCACCUGUACGGCUCACUCACGCACAAGGAGGGAUUUGCAGUACUCAUGCAGCACGAGGCCGUCAAGACUAUGGUGCAGGUGGUGAAGACCGGAGCUACCUCAACACCACAGGAGAUCUUCCAGCUGAAGGUGGCAAUGUGGGCAAUGGGACACAUAGGGCUGAGCAGUGACGGCGCUGGCUUCUUGAGCUGCGAGGGAGUCCUGCGCUCCAUCACCAACCUGGCAGCCUCCUGUCCUGUGUAUUCUGUGCGCGGCGUGUGCUUCCAUGCCCUGUGUCUUGUGGCCACCACCAAGGAGGGCGUCACGCAGCUCCGCAAGUAUGGGUGGGAGUGUGUGCAGCGCCACCACCAUGAGCAGUGGCAGAUGGUGGAUGAGAUGGAGGGCUGGUCAGCACCUCAGGGCCAGGCGGAGGAUCCUUACUUUGGGGCUGUCAACAAUCACCACGUCUCGGAGAGUGAAGUGGAAGACCUGGACCUGCCAAAGGCUGGCUUCUACGUGGGAGACGACUCUGAGGAUGGCAGUGACGGCGGCUCCAUCCUGGUGGAGGGCAUAGGCUUGGAUGACGCUUACCCAACUGCAGGCAAAAGUCAGACUCUACCUCACAAAUCCAAGCCGCCCUCUGCCAUGUGUCACAAACGCAGCUUCUCGGACUGUGCUCCGGUGCUGGAGGAACUCACCGUGGAUGCCUCGCAGAUCCCUCCCUCCCACGAUGACCUCAUUGUCCAGAAAAGGUCGUCGCUACGGUUCAGGUUCCUGGCCAGCAUGAGGAGGAAGUCGGACCGGCGGCGGGAGUCAACCAGCAGCCGGGCAAGCAACUCCUCCACGGCUUCGGAGCGCAUGACAGACCGCAUGUCGGCCUUCCUGCAGUCGGCGCGGCGCAUCCGAGGAGUCAGCUCCCGCAGCCACUCCCUCACAGACCCCACCGGCUCUGAUGAGGAGACCGGUGAUCAGCCCGGCACUCUCAGCUCAGACUCCCUGUCAGACCCCGCUGACGUGUCGGCUGCUGAGCUGCCCCAUGACGGCCCCACCCACCCCAAGGAGCAGCAUGAAGACGCCCCAACCCCGCUGCCUUGCAGGACCCAGGUGGAGUGCCGUCUGAGCCCCAUUGCCAGCGGGACCUCACUAGUCACCCUCGGCUCCCAGUCCAUGGCGGAGGGCUCAGAGUUCAGGAGAGGGGGGCGGGGUGGCUCCAUCAGGGGGUCCAGUGGGGCACUGUUUGCAGAGGACGCCGGUGACCGAGGCGGCAGCACCACCCCAAUACUAAUACCUGGCUCAGGGGUGGUGACCAGCCAGCCACUGUCCACGCAGAGCUACUUCACCCUGCGCUCCAUCACCAACCAGCGCCGGGUGGUGUCAGAGUCUAGCCACGAGGAGAAGCCCACUAGGAACUCCCUCAAGGGCUUCCUCUCCUCCAGCUACGAACACGGUGGCGGCCAGUUCAUGUCCAACCUGCUGGAUGUGCAGGGGCUGGUGCGGUCGCCCUCAGGAUGCAGUGAGGUGUCCUCUGUGCGCUCUGGGGUGCGGGGCAUUGGGCUGGGGCCGAGCAGCAGCAGCAGGGCCCUGGGCAGCUACAAUCUGAUAGGAGCAACACAGCACCAGGCAGGCCAGUGCUACAUUGGCUUUGCUCUGCCUCUGGACCUGGACCUCCUCCUCUAUGAUGCCUCCAUGGACAAGAACGUUGGGCAGGGAGAGGCAGGACAGACGGCUGCCACCAACACCCCUGGCAAGGACAGGUUUCCAGCCAUCACUGAGUCAGAACUUGAAACACAGUCUGAGGAAGACCCAGACAAAAAGAAAGCUGGCACCCCAAAGAAAAAAACUGAUGAUGCUAAAACCUCCAAGAUGAUUCAUGGGAAUGGCCUGGAGCUGCACAGCCCUCACACCUGCCUGGCCUGCUACACACUCACUCCUCCCACACCCCCACCUACUCCAAAGGCAGCAGGCGAGGGUGAUGGCGAGGCGCCCGAGGCAGAGGUGGUGGUAGUGUCUCCACCUCUGCAGCGUGUGAAAGCAAUCAGCGAGGCGUCUGAAGCAUCUGACCCAUCCAGCGUCAACAGCCAGGGGUGGGAGGACUCAGGUGAGGUGAAGUACGGGCCAGAUCGUGUGAACCAGGUGCUCUUCAGGAAGGAGGUGCUGCGCUUCAUCACCAACCUGCUGUCUUCCAUUGCUGCCAAGUCUUCAGAGGCAGGACUGCUCACACUGAAGCAGCGUUGGCCUGGAGGUUUCAAAGACGUCUGCCUCUAUGCUGAGAUCUGUCAGAUCCUUGCCUCCUACAAUUACCGGCUGACAGCGCGACGCUUCAUCCAGGAACUCUUCAUGGACAUGGUGUUCACCGAGGUGUACAAUGAGGCGUCGCGCAUCCUGAAGCAGCAGUUUGAGGAUCUGUGCGAAACCACCAACCCGGUGGUGCAGGAGAUGCCCGCCAAGAUUGUCUCCUCCCUGCAGCCUCCAACCAUGGCAGACAUAGCGGAGGUGACUCUCUCGGACAAGUCAGACCGGGAGGAGGACUGCUAGCGGCCCUGUGUGCUGAUGCUGCCAGGACGGGCACUGCAGCUCUGCCAGUUUGUUGUUAAGUUGCUAUGACGAAGCAGCAUCUGUGAAUGUAAAUGUAAGACAAGUAAACUCUGGCAAAACUAGAAGUGAAGACUUAGUUGUAUUCAUGUACUGACUGAGAAAAGCUUAAAGUGAAGAAAGCUUAACUAAGAAAUAGGAGUGUUUAGGUGGGAAAGAUCAUUUGUAUUCUAAUUACACAACUCAAACUUUACAUGAAGUAACUGGAAAAAAAGCAGCCCUGGGUGUGAAUACAAACUGUCAUUACUUAGUGUUGUGCAAAGUGUGAAGCCUCUCAGGUGAAAACAAUGAGGCAUGAAAUAAAACUAAAUGUAAAGUAGCUGUAAGAACACAUGACUUACAACUGGAGUGAUGUGAACCAUGACUACUGACUUAAAGAGAGAAUCAUAAGCAAGGCAAUACAGUGAAUAAACAAUGAUUGAUAAGAAAUGAAUAUGAAAGACAAUAAAACUAUAACCUGUGAGUUGAAUUAAAACAUGAAAACACACAGUAAAGGAAGCAAGUUGAGUAAUGAGAAGUAAGAAGAGAAGGUAGCAACAUCCAGACUCUACAUGACCUCACAGAUGCAAAAUAAAGUGGCUUAUGCUAUAGAUUCUCACAUUGUAAAGCUCUGAUCAUGUGUGACUGAAUAUAAAACGUUCACAAGCGAGCUAUUAGAAUAAGAAUGUAAGAGGAUUGGUGGCAUGUGUUAAUUUAUAAGGUAUGAGUGAGUACCUUUUGUUGAGUGAGUACUUAUGUGUGGCUCUCUUAUCUGUAUUACUGGGCAGCUUCGUCAGUUAAGUUAGACGUGUUGUGUGUCCGUGUGUCUUCCCCUGCUGAGGAGGAUGCAGGUGUUGUGUCAUUGGCAGGUAGCUAAUGGUGUCUGGACUCGUCUCUAUGUUGGGUUACCUUACAGGAUUCCCUUUGGAUAAUGCUGUUAAGUGUUGAGUUUAACAAGUGUUUUCCUAUGGUACAUUUCCUAAGUCUAUUUUUUCUUCAGUCUUUCCCAGCCUACAGGCAUAUUAACUGUGAGUGAAUGCUGGCUUAUGGAUGAGCUUCACUCCUUUAAUUCCCAUAAAAUUAGGAACCAAUAGAUUAGGGAAUUAAAUUUAUUCUAUUCAUUGCAAGCUAUUUCGAGUUUUAAAUUUAAAUUCUGCAUUCAAAUUUGGUCUAUUACUCAUAGAACACAGAGAAUCUGUGAUGUAGUGAUUACAAAUCAAGAUCUACAUGAAGUAUCUGUCUCCAGAUGCUUAUUUCCUUUUUCACCGCUGUCAGUCUUCAAUAAACCCUUUACUGUAGUUGUAUCUUCAUCACUACUCUAUAUAGUCUCCUGCAAGAAACCUUUACAAUAAUUUCACCACACAUCUACACAAAGAGUCUAUAAACAACCCAUGUGUCACUGAUAUAUAUAUAUAUAUCCUCUCUCAACAAUAAUCACAUACAAAGUUGCCAUUAAGUACCCAGGAAUUCUGUAACCUGCAUUUUGUCUUCCCUUGAACCACCGAAACUAUUCUUGGUCGUAAAGAGAUUAAGUGCUUCGUUUUUUGUGGCGGUUGGUCAGAUUUGAUAUUUUAGAAGUUAUUUAUUCUGCUUGUAUGUGUGAGACAAAGGAAUCGAGAAAGUGAGUGUGUGUAUAUUUGAAAGGAAAUAGAGAAUGUAUACUGUAUGAGUAUAAGAAUAAGUAAGAGUAUGUAUAUUGUGUGUGUGAAGAGGAAGAAGUGUGUGUAUAGGAAUAAGUAAGAGUAUGUAUAUUUGUGUGAAAAAGAAGUGUGUAUACCAGUGUAAGAAUAAAUAAGAGUAUAUUUGUAUGCAGAGGAAGAAGUGUGUGUAUGAGCAUAAGAAUAAGUAAGAAUAUGUAUAUUGUGUGUAUGAGUAAGCAUCAUACAGAGAAAUAUAUCACAUUGGCAGAGGCUUAUGAAGUUCUGCCUGUUAAUUAAGCGCCCCAUUCUAACCCCCAGCUAGUCCUUAAUGAGUGUUUCCCCUUUCUUUAUCCUUGCAAUGAGUGUUUCCCUUUCUUUAUCCUUGCAUCCAUCAGCUCUCCUCAGCCUGAUGGGAAUACCAAAGAUUUCUGUACUAGAUGUAAUUCUGACCUAAUGAGUCCUCAGUGAGUCCUCAAUUACUUUUUCUUCUAAGGGACUUGACCACUUAAACCGGAUUAUUCAUGAACUCUCUCCCUCUAUUGAUGUAAAAAGUACCUAUCUAAUGUUCUGCCAAUUGCCGUCAACUGUGAAAUUUGCUGUCCAUGUAUAUGAGAGUUUAUUUGGUGUGAUUGUGGUAUUUGCAUCUUUCAUAUCAACCCAAACUUUUAACUUUAUCCCUUCCAUAUCUAUCUAUUGUGGAAUGUGAUAUUUUUACUCUGCCUCCUUAUAUUUUCUCUGUACUUUAUGCCAAUCUCUUAUUUUACCUUAUUUUCCUUUGCAUUCUUCUGAUUAUUUGGGUUUCAUUAUGUAUUCCUUUUCUCUUCCUAGUUUUUCUCAAUUCUGCUGACUUUCCUGUGUUUUUUAUCUUAAUUCUUAGUAUUCUGGCUUAUUUCCCACAUUCAUCAGGCUUGCUUUCUUCUUCAAUAUUCACGCUUUUCUAUUUUUUUUUCCUUCUUCAGGCUUAAUUGUUGCUCUAAGUUGCUGUUUGCUGCUUAAUUCCUUCAGUACCAUGAUGUGUUUCCAUAUUCAUUCUGGUUACUAUUUGGUGCUUUUAUACAGCCUUAGAAACUCAUGUGGGGGGAUUAAAAUAGUGAAGACUGUGGCCAUUAAUCUUCUUACCUCCAUAGACCCUUCCUAAUGUCAAUAAAAUGGUUUAAUUGUACACAAAUCUCAAGGUAAAAAUGUGUCCCUGUACUGAAGGGAUUAAUCUUUGCUUUAUUAACACUAAAGAACAGGAUAUAGUUAUAGACACACAAGCAGUAACUAAUUUGCUUUGCCACACUUUUCUGCAAUACCUGCAUCAAUAUAGUAGUAGCCAGUCAGUCAAUCAUCUAUAUAGUUUUCUUCAAAUUAUAAAAGACAACAGUGAAAUAGUUAAGAAUUCUCUCGUCUUGCCUGAGUUUUAUUGUAAUGGAAGUUAAGAAUUCUCCGUCUUGCCCGAGUUGUAUUGUAAUGAAUCUUCCUUUAUCAAUUGUGAGUGUUGGUGGUGAGAACAAACUUGGAAUGAAAUGGUAUAUGCUAAGUUCACUUAUCUAUACUUUUUUUUUUCACUUGUCUAUACAGAAUGAAAUGGUUGUUUUAUUAUCAAUAUCUCAACUGUUGCCUCUUCCAGUGUGCACUACUGAUAAACUAGUGAAUUAAGUUUCCUUUAUCCCACGUUUUCUUUUAGUGUACUAUAUUCCUUCAUGUUUCAAUUGUUUAGAGUGAACAACUGAUCAAACAAAUUACUCCUGCUUUAUCCUAUGCUUCUCACCACACUCAUUCAAAUUCACACUUUUUACAAUGGGCUUUGAUGAAAUACACUAUCUUAUGGCUGAUUUCUUUCACUUAAUGGUUUUUAAUAAUGUAAAAUCAAUGAUGCUAUUUUUUCCUAACACUACGCUUGAUUGUGAGGCAAUGAAGACAUGAUGGAAACUGUGAGAUGAUGGUUUGUUUGCUCACAUUUCCCUGUCAGUGCACCGUGCCAUGUAGAAACGCACACCUUGACAAGUUACCAUUCCUGUGCAAAUGUUACUAAUGUAAAUGAGUCAUCCCUGUGAAUCUUAGUUAAGUACUGCACUGUCAUUACAUUUACCUGUGUUAUGUAUUCCAGUGUUAGUGUAAUUUUUACUGUUAGUGAUUAGACAAAUACUCGUAAUGUAGUGAACUUUAUUAGGAAGGCUUUGAGAACCUCUUGUGAGAUCUUAUGCUGUGUGUUAAGCCUUGCACCGUAUCACUAAGCGAGGGAGAGUCGAUAUGAAGUACUCAGAUUUAUUUUCAUCCUGCUAAGUAACAUGUGACUAGUGCCUCAAAGCAGAUGAAUGAAGAAUGUAAUGGAAUGUGUAAGGAGUGCAUGAGGGAAGGGACAUGUGGUGUAGUGCUGAUGUGCAGUAGUAGUGCAGAAGGUUGUGAAAGGUGUGACGUGUUUAUUCUCGAGUCGGAACGUCAAGUUGUAACUGUGACACGCGAGGUUUGUGUUUCAUGAGAGAAAUAUAGUAACAGUAAAAAGAAAACAUGACAUUGUGCCUUGCCCUUUUUUUCAGUGGUACUCCUUUGUGAUUGUGAUGCACAAGGUAAAUGUUUAAGAGUUAAGUCCAUAAGUAGUGUGGAUUCAAGUGAUUCCUAAGAUGUAGUGUAACAGUUGAAGUGCAGUGUGGAAAAGUUGAACUACUACAUCGUGUUUUAGCAUUACAGUGAAGACGAGACGGCCUUGCAAGAUAAGAUAGUUUGGAAGUAUUAUGUAGUGUGUAGUGCCUAUGACUCCUGUAGAGCAGUGUCUUGAAGGAGAGGGGGAGAGGUUUGGGACACAGCCACACACACAAGAUACCUUGUGUGUGUUGGCAGUGACUUGGCAGUGAGUCAAGUGUGUUUCUCAGCUCAAUGUGUUUCUCCCAGCAGGUGGAGGUUGUUAGACCAGUACUGGAUCAUUGUUGAUGUGUAUCUUAAUGUGGCAAUUUGGAAAGGACAAUGUUGGUUGAGAUGCAGAGUGACGAGUGUGGUGUGGUGUUUGUGUUAGUGCGCCGUGCUGUGUUGCCAGCCAAUGGUUGUGUUGUGUUCUGUGACUUGUUCCUGCUUGGUUGCAUUUAUGAGUGGUAGUGUGCAGCGAGGGGAAAUGUUUGGUUAUGUAGUGUUCUCUUUUGUAAAGUUGAACGUUACACAAGUUCACUAGUGUUAAUUGAUGCCGUUUCUUCCAUUUAGUCUCAGAAGGACACAGUGUGGCAGGUCUGUACCCAGUGCAAGUCCUCAACAUGGCCUUGGUCUUCAUUUAGCUAACUUAGGCAGCUAAUUUCUUCUGUAUAAAAUACCUUGAGUGGUGCAGGUAUGAACACUGAUUGGAGAAUGUACCUGAAGCUUGACCAAAUAACUGAAGUGUACCAUUGCAGCAGAGUCUGAGCCCAGUGUUCCCCUCCUGUCUAUGUAGCUCCUCAGUUCCACAGUUCUGUGCCAACCCGUGACUGAUCAAGUUAACCUAAGGGACAAACAUGAUGCGUGUCAUUCAAACCUUGUUAAUUUGUGCAUAAUUUAGGCGUGUCAGAGUCUCAUUCAACCAUUCCAAGUGUCACAACAACUCACCAGUUAUCAAGUGCAAACUGGAUGAUUGAGCGCCCUUCUGGCAGUCUAUCUUAUUCCUUUGUUAAUGGAAAGUAUGGCCCUUGUUGCAACCUGUGUAAAAUAAAUGAGUAACACAU